CUCUCAAUUCGUGUUUGGUUUGCCUCUGUUGGUUCUCUGUCGCUCACUCACACUCUGCAGGGCGCAGGUCAGAGGAGAGGGAAACAUGGGCUGGUUUCCCUGCUCUGGAAAUCCGAAUAAGGCUAAAAAGAAGAAGCCCAUUGAUCGGAUCGAAUCCAAUCCAGAGAAAUUGCAGAUUAGUCCCCCAUUGGAUGAGAAGAAAGAGGGGCCCAAGGAUGGAGGAUCAGAUCACAUAGCAGCACAGACAUUUACAUUUCGUGAAUUGGCAGCUGCGACAAAGAAUUUCAGGGCAGAUUGUUUUUUGGGGGAGGGAGGCUUUGGUCGAGUUUAUAAAGGGCGGCUGGAGAGUACCAAUCAGAUUGUGGCCAUCAAACAACUAGAUCGAAAUGGGUUGCAAGGAAACAGGGAAUUUCUUGUUGAAGUAUUGAUGUUGAGUCUACUUCACCAUCGUAACCUGGUUAAUCUAAUUGGAUACUGUGCUGAUGGAGAUCAGAGGCUUUUGGUUUAUGAGUACAUGCCAUUGGGAUCUCUAGAAGAUCAUCUACAUGAUCUUCCGCCUGAUAAGAAACGACUUGACUGGAACACUAGAAUGAAAAUAGCCGCUGGUGCUGCAAAGGGAUUGGAAUAUUUGCAUGAUAAGGCAAACCCCCCUGUUAUCUACCGCGAUUUGAAAUGCUCAAACAUUUUGCUUGGUGAGGGGUAUUAUCCCAAAUUAUCAGAUUUUGGCUUGGCUAAAUUGGGCCCUGUGGGAGAUAAGACCCAUGUAUCCACUAGGGUGAUGGGAACAUAUGGAUAUUGUGCUCCUGAGUAUGCAAUGACAGGUCAGUUGACACUAAAAUCAGACGUAUAUAGUUUUGGAGUAGUGCUUUUAGAAAUCAUCACCGGCAGGAAAGCAAUUGACAAUUCAAAAGCAGCUGGGGAGCAGAACCUUGUUGCAUGGGCAAGGCCAUUGUUCAAAGACCGGAGAAAGUUCGCACAGAUGGCAGAUCCAAUGCUUCAGGGUCAAUAUCCUGUACGAGGCUUGUACCAAGCGCUUGCUGUUGCUGCAAUGUGUGUUCAGGAACAGCCCACCAUGCGGCCCCUGAUAGCAGAUGUUGUCACAGCUCUGAGUUACCUUGCUUCACAAAAAUAUGAUCCCGAAAGCCAGCCACUCCAAAUCUCCCGAAUGCUACCCCCCACUCCCCCUCGAACCAAAAAGGAUAGUGAUAAGAGGAUCAAUGGUGGUAGUGAAUCUGAAAGAGACCAAACCGGAGUGGGUGAAAGAAAAUUCUUGUUCAUCUCGUGAUGAGAAAAUUCUGAAACAAUCCAUAAAAGUGGGUGAAAGAAAAUUCUUCGAACACAAGAUUGGACUGCUGUCAACCCUCCUGCCCAGUCAACUAGCCAUGCAUUACUGCUUUGGAAGCGUUUGAUCUGAUGAUUUAUCUCGUGAUGAGAAUGAUUUUUGUUUUUUUAAUUGUGAUCAUUGAUCACAAGGGUCAGACCUUAGUGGUAAGCUCUUCUUGGCUGCACAUACGUACCUGCUUAUCAAAUUUUGUAUCAUUUAAGAUAACAGGUGUAUACCUCCAGUCCCCAUGUUUGUGUUCGACAUGAAAGUUGCGCUCCACCCUCCCAUUUUUCACCCUUUUGAUGUACAUGCGAGCUUGGGUGCUUGUAUCCUUGUAUUAUUUUAUAUUACAUUUGAGUUACCGUACAUGGUUCCCAUCA